CACCCCUUCCUUCCUUCAAAACAUCUUCUAACUAUCAGGCACGACAAGAAUAUUUUUCCAAAGCGAAUCGUUCUCACUGCUGCGUGCUAUUUUUUUUAUCUCAUGCAUUGAUUUUGCUGUAAAAAGUGAAGGGGUAGGCUGAGGUAUUCGACAGAGAUGGGACAGCAACUCUUGGCAGCCUUCCUGGCUUUCCUGGGCUUCCUGGGUACCAUCCUGAUAGCUGCUCUGCCCAUGUGGAAGAUGUCGGCCUUCGUGGGAGCCAACAUUGUGACAACGCAGAUUUUCUGGGAAGGCUUGUGGAUGACCUGCGUGCUGCAGAGUACUAGACACAUGCAGUGCAAGGCGUAUGACUCUAUUCUGGCUCUGCCUCAAUACCUCCAGGCCACUCGGGCCUUGAUCUGCAUCUCCCUUGCUGCUGGGGUUGUCGCCAUUGGCUUGAUGGUUGUCGGGGCUAGAUGUACCAACUUCUUCCGUGACGAGUGGAAUAGGAAAGCCAGGAUUGGUAUAGUAGCUGGGGUGGUCUACAUCGUCGCAGGGAUUCUGUGUUUGAUCGCUGUUAGCUGGUCAGCACAUAUCAUCAUCCAGAGCUUCUACAAUCCUCAGGUCAUCUCGGCGAACAAGGGAGAGUUGGGGGCCUGCAUCUAUAUUGGAUGGGUAGCUGGAUUCCUCCUAGUUCUGGGUGGAGGAAUAUUCAUCGGCACAUACACCAACAGCUGCUGA